GUAAAGUACAUUUGCAAAAUCCAAUCUUUGAAAACAACUCCUUUGUAUCAAGACCAAAAGCAAAAAGCAAAACACCUUAAUUUCAAAGGGAACACCCCCACUCCUUCCUCCGUGCCAUGGAUGCAGAUGGAGACUCACCACCGUUCUGGUCUCAGCCCACCACCACUACUUUCUUCUACUCUCACCGCCGCCCCCGGCAGCCCUCUCCAAUCUUCAACCCGGUUAUACUAAUCUUGGCUAUACCUAUUCUCAUAUUAGUUAUGUUGUUUUUCUUGGUUCCUCCAUUUAUUUCACACACCACUCAAAUUCUUCAUCUCAAUUCAGUGAAAAAGGGCUGGGACUCACUCAUCAUCGUGUUGGUAUUGUUUGCAAUUCUUUGUGGUGUUUUUGCCACAGUAAACGAUGAUUUUCCAAGGCCGCAGCCGGGGGAAUCUGUUUCGAGUUCUCAGUGGUAUGGAUUUUUCGACGAGAAAGAUAACGGCGGUGAUGUUUCGAGUACUCCGGUGCGAGUGGGAGACGGCGGUGGUACACGGCUGAGGAGGAGCAGCAGCUCUUAUCCUGAUCUAAGGCAGGAAUCUUUGAGGGAAACUCGGGAUAAUAAAUUCAGGUUUUCGGAUGAUUUUGAGACAUCGCCGGUGGUUGAAAAUUUUCACCGCGGUGCUCGGUGGAGUGAGGUUGACAGAAAUGAACCUGACACGCCUGUGAAGGUGAUUCCGGUGGAUAAGUAUGAAGUUAGUACUCCACCUCAACCUCCGAUACCGCCAAAGUCACCGGCACCACCUCCACCUCCACAACAACAUGCAGCAAGUUUGAAGAGCAGAAGGUCUUCCCGUAGUGUCCCAAAGAAAGAAAUAUUUGAAAAGCAGCGAAAUGAUGAUAAAUUCAAUGAAAAUCGAUCGCCGCCACCUCCUCCUCCUCCUCCGCCGCCGCCACCACAACCACAGCAACCAGUUGCGAAGUCGCAGUUUCUGGAGGUAAAAAGCGAAAUAAUUCACCGGAAAAAGAGUCCCACCACCAAAGAAAUAGCAACAGCAAUUGCGUCAUUGUACAACAAAAGUCAGAGACAGAGAAAGAAGAAGGUGAAAACAAGAAAUAUUUAUGACACAGCCUCUGCCUCCGAGAAUUCUUCACUGGAACAGACAGGUACAGCAGCAGCACGUCCUCCACCACCGCCGCCAUCUAAGUUAUUACAGAACAUGUUCAAAAUGAGAGUCAAGAAUAAACGUGGACAUUCUGUUUCCAACACAGCACCACCUCCUCCGCCCCCUCCUCCGCCGCCAAACUCAAUUUUCAACAAUAUUUUCAAAACAGGAAGCAAAAGCAAGCGGUUCCAAUCAUCCUCCACCACAGCUCCGCCACCACCUCCUCCUCCUUCAAUUCUCAGUUCUUUAUUCAAAAAUGGAACCCAAAGCCGCCGUUUCAAGAACAUAAGCACCCCAUCUCCGCCUUCACCUCCAGCACCACCUCCUCCACCAGAGUCUCGGCGGCACCACUCUGUCAACGCCGGUAAACCACCAAAACCCAACAAAAGAAGCUCCUACUCCAAUGAAAGCGUCAUUAUCGCACCAUCAUCGCCCCUUAUACCAAUGCCGCCACCCCCACCCCCACCGCCAUUCAAAAUGAAGGAAAUGAAAUUCGUGGAGCGUGGAGAUUUUGUUAGGAUAAGCAGCGCGCACAGCUCCCCGCCCCCCGAGCUUGAAGAUUCAGAUCUGAUGUCAGUUAAAUCCGAAGGUGGAGAUUCAAUAGGGCCUUCAGUUUCUUGCCCGAGCCCGGAUGUGAAUGUCAAGGCUGAAACUUUCAUUACCAGGCGCCAUAAUGAAUGGAAACAGGACAAGAUGAACUCAAUCAAAGAGAAGAGAAAGUUGGGCUGAUGUCCUGGCCCGGUCCCAUUUUGCAUAAUCUGACUGUUAAAAUCGUGGUAUGAAUUUUACUUAUAUUUUAAAGAAGGGAAAAAAUAAAUAAAUAAAUAAAAAAUGGGUUGGUUAUGGUGUAAUAUACAGUAAAUAAUAUAUAAGAAUAACAAGAGGUAAUAAUAUGUGUAGGCAGAGAAUGGAGAUUGUGGCUCUGAUUGUGUUUUUUGACCUCAAAUUAUAGCCCAUCUGAUUGCAGCAGAGUGAGAACUAGAGCUUUAAAAGUUUGAUUUUGAAUUGUGGGCUCUGGUUGUAAUUUUUGUUCCACUUUCAAAGUCCUUUUUAUUUGUUAACAGAGCAUUUUUGAAUUCAACGUUGAACUUGAACAUUCCUUUUUGUUUGUGAAGUGAUCCUAGUUUGACGUGAACUGUUAGUUGAUAUGUAAACUUAUACAGUAUGGAAUAUGUCCCGAAUUCGAUCAUUUCG